GAUACCUGCCCAUGUCUGAUAUGCUGUGGACCAGUAAUGGGUUUAACAUUACAGAUACCCAGUAUAUACAGGAUAUAAUUACUGCUAUUCAGACAGUAAUCCAGGCAACAAGCUAUUUACAUAUGUAAUGAUGCCCAAGUCAACAGUAACUGGGCCACAGUCGUACAAGAUGUGAUGAGAUAUUACCGCCAGUAUCAAGAACGCGUCCUCGCAAUAGAUGGCACACAAAUACAACCUGCAGAGAUGUAUCAAGAAUUCGUGCACGAGAUGGCCAUUCAAGAUUUUGAAAAUUCUGCACACUGGAUUGAGAGAAGAAUUGGCCAGUUGCAAAACAUUUGGGGGCCAUUUGUGGGACAGGACCCCGAGGCCGAUAGGCCUUGAUGUCGGAGAUCUGUUUCUAAGCGCUCAGAAAAAUUGUC